AUGACUGACACAUCCUCCGUUCCUAUUAAACCCACAGAUUUAGUAACCACCACUUCCCGUGCUUUAUUUGCUCCCAUUAAUGCACCUCACUCUUUUUUCCAACCUCCCCCUGCCCUCACCAAUCUUCCAUUAGCUUCUGCCCCCCACAGAUAUCCUCGCUCCCUGCUGCCCACUGCCUUCUCCUCCUCUUAUACUGUGCGAGUCCCUGAUGGGGGUGUUCUUGGGGAGACCGUUUUCACAGUCCCAGACAGGAGAUACAGAGCCAAAUGGUUUGAGAUGAGCUGGCCAUCCAACCCCCCAGUGAGGAUAGAGAGUGGUUCUGGACGAGUGUAUUUGACCCACAAGCUGCAGGGAGGACAGACAGAGGUGCAGGUCAAAGUGCACAGCCUGGAACAAGACAGUGACUGGUACCUUUGCCACAUAACGUUUGUUGUCCCACGAGAGGAGAGUCUGGAAUGGACAAUGUAUCCUUUCCCUUAUCUCUCUCGUGUGGAUCCAGAAGCAUCGAAAGGCACAUUAGUGUAUCAGCUGCUGGCCCAUUACUACAAUGAUGAGAGCUCCGGCGGUGGAAUAUCUUACUAUCUCAUUGAAGGUUCCGAGCAGCGGUUUGCAGUUGACAAGGACACAGGUGUUAUCAGUACUACCGGUUUAUCAUUGACAUGGAAUAAGGAAUAUGCGCUCACAGUGCAGGCGAUUGAUAAACAUGGGAAGAAAAGUCCAUAUGCAUCUGUCUCUAUCCUGGCUGGGUCUCGGCCACCUCAGUUUACCAAUAUGUCUUAUAGUCUAUUUAUACCAGAAAGCACAGCAGCUGGAGAGAAAAUGGCUGUUGUGGAAGCAGUGUCUUUCCAGAGCAAACCAAUCUUGUACACCUUGUUAAUGAAUCCAGGUGGCCUCUUUAGUAUUAAUCAGGAGAGUGGGGAGCUGAGUAUGACACAUGCUGUGGAUUAUGAAAGUGAACAUCACCUAUACCACCUGCUGGUCAAAGCCCUGGAGGCAGAUAGCGGGCUCAGCAGUGUCACUGAGGUAAUGAUUCACAUAAUAGAUGACAAUGACUGUGCCCCAGAAUUCUUGCAGUCAAUUUAUAGCAGAGACAACAUUUUAGAAAGCAUCCCAGUGGGAACCUCAUUACUGCAAGUAAGUGCACAUGAUUGUGACUCUGGAUCCAACUCAGAGCUUUCCUUCUAUGUUCAGAGCUCUGAUUUCUCUAUAACUACACAAGGCUUCAUCAUCUCCAGUCAACACCUAGACUAUGAGCGAGCCAACCAUGUAUAUGAGUUUGUGAUCAUUGCGGUGGAUAAAGGAAACCCUCCCCGUACAGGAACUGCAUCCGUGAGCUUAAGAAUGAGCAAUACCAAUGAUGAAGCCCCUGUGUUUUCUCAAACCAUAUAUAACACUUUUCUUGCUGAAGAUGCUGGUCCAAAUAUACUGGUGGCUACAGUCUAUGCCAAGGAUCCAGAUGGAGAUGGAGUGUCCUACAUUAUUGUUGGAGGGAAUGAAGAGGGUAAUUUUGAAUUGGAUGGCCAGAAAGGUAUCUUAAAACUUCGUAGAAAUUCACUUCCAAGUCUGAAAAAGCCUCAGUAUAUAUUAAAUAUUUCUGCAACGGAUGACAAUUCAUCUGGUGGACCUGCCUCUCUCAGUGGUUUUACUCAAGUGGUUGUAGGAAUAAUUUAUGUGAAUGAUAACAAGCCAGUCUUCAAAGAAUGUGCUCGGUAUAGUGAAAGUACCUCGGUCUCUGAGAACCAGCCAGCGGGCACAUUUGUCCUGCAAGUAAAGGCCCAUGAUGCAGAUGUUGGGCUUAAUGGAGAACUGAAGUACGGUUUCAUGCAGAGGGAAGGAGCAAGCCCGGGCUUUGCCAUAGAUGCAAUUACAGGUGUGAUCACCACGACUCAGUCCUUUGACCGAGAGAGGCAGAAAGAAUACACAAUCUCUGUAACAGCUACUGACCAAGCUCAGGAGCCACUGAUUGGUCUCUGCAAAGUUACAGUCGUUAUUUUGGACGUUAACGAUAAUGAUCCCAAGUUUGAGAACAGCCAUUACCAAUAUUUCCUUUGUGAAGACACUGCAGUUGGAACAAGUUUCCUCCGUGUUGUUGCUUUAGAUGACGAUCACGGUGUCAAUGCUAUAAUAACUUACACUAUCUCACAGGAGCAGCCACAAUAUUUCCAAAUAAACCCCAGUACAGGAUGGAUAUAUGUGAAUCAGCCUAUUUCUCAGACCUCACGUAUUAUUAGAUACAUUGUUGCCACAGAUGGUGGCAACAGGAGCAGUAGUGUGGAACUAACAGUGAUAAUCACCAAUGUACUUGACCAACCUCCGCAGUGGGAACAAGCACAAUACUGGGUCACCAUCCCAGAGAAUACACCCCGUGAUUCCAAGAUUGUGACUAUUAGGGCAACACCCAUGCUUGGUGACUCCCGAGUUGCAUACAACAUGGAGGAAGGCCUCGUCCCAGAGACUAACUGUCCCAUUCGCUUCUAUCUUAAGCCAAACAGAGCAGAUGGCUCCGCCUCUGUGCUAGUGUCUGAGCCACUUGAUUACGAAGGAACUAAUUUCUUCACAUUGAAAAUUAGGGCUCAGAAUGUUGCCACAGUCCCUUUAGCCUCCUUCACAACUGUGUAUGUCAACGUCACCGAUGUCAAUGACAAUGUACCAUUUUUCACAUCUUCUACAUAUGAGGUAACGUUGCCUGAAGGAUCCAGAAUUGGAACAUCAGUAACGCAAGUCUCAGCCACUGACUUUGACUCUGAUCUGCAUGGAAAGGUCCGUUACAGUAUACUGAGACAUGCCAAUGCAGACUAUCGCUGCUUUACUAUUGACCCAGAAACAGGAGUGAUAUACACAAGGGCAUCCUUUGACAGGGAAAGACAGGCAACCUACUUAAUAGAGAUCCAGUCUCAGGAUUCCUCAGAGUCAGCGCGAUUAGGGAUGCAAGGCCGUCCUAACACAGAUACAGCCUAUGUAAGGAUAUUUAUAAGUGAUGUCAAUGAUAAUGCGCCAAAAUUCCCGCAACAGAGAUAUGAAGCCAGCGUGGAGGAGGAUAAGGAUGUAGGGUAUGUUCUCAUGACUGUAACUGCUAAUGAUGAAGAUGAAGGAACAAAUGCUAAACUAAGAUACCAGAUUACUUCCGGGAACACAAAGGGAAUAUUUGAUGUGAAAACUGAAGUGGGAGCCAUCUUUAUCACUCAGAAUUUAAACUAUGAGCAGGACACACACUUUGAACUCAAACUGGUAGCUUGUGAUGGAAAGUGGGAAAAUUACACUGUAGUAAUUGUUAAUGUAAUAAACCUCAAUGAUGAGCCCCCUUCUUUUACACAGAGUGUGUAUCACAGCAGCAUUCUUGAAGAACUGACAGAGCUUCCAAUGUUUGUGCUACAGGUUACAGCAAUUGAUCCUGACCAAGAAGCAGAUCAAAGUGCUCUUCGAUACUCUCUUCAUGGUCAUGGAGCCAACAGCGAAUUUAUCAUUAACCAGUUUAAUGGCAAAAUUUACGUGCAAAGGGAACUAGAUCGUGAGCAACGGUCAACAUGGCGCUUUUUAGUACUUGCUACUGAUGAAAAUGGGGAAGGAUUGACUGGUUUUGCUGAUUUUCUAGUUGAAGUAAAAGAUGUAAACGAUAAUCCACCAAUGUUUUUGUGUACCACAGAUGGUUGCUUUACUGGAUAUGUGCCAGAAAACUCACCAGCACAUACUAUGGUGAUGGAGAUGACUGCAUUUGAUUUAGAUGACCCAAAGUCUGAGAUUAAUGCUGUCCUUACUUAUAGAAUUGUGCAAAAUGUCCAAAAUGAGAUUAACCUCAAUUUAUUUGAGAUUCAUUCAUCCACUGGCUCUAUAUAUACCAUGCUGAGCUCACUGGACAGAGAGAAAGAGGACAAGUAUCUAAUUGUUGUAGAGGCAAAAGAUGGAGGUGGUCUUAGCGGAACAGGCACUGCUACUAUACUAGUAACUGAUGUGAAUGAUCAUGCCCCAGAGUUUACGCAUAAAUUGUAUGCUUCUUUUGUACCAGAAAAUUCAGGCAUUAACAGUGAAGUCACAAUGAUUAAUGCUUGGGAUCGAGAUGAAGGUGAAAAUGCUAUGAUGACAUUUAGCAUUAUUGGAGGAGAUGAUGAUCGCAAGUUCUUCAUAGAAACCGAUAAUAUUCAUAAACGAGGGAUCAUUCGUCUGAGAAAAAAAAUGGACUAUGAAAAGCCCCAUGAGAGGUCAUUUAACCUUACAAUAAAAGUAGAAGAUGUUGACUUUUUUAGCAUUGCUUACUGUGUCAUUUAUGUUGAAGACUCAAAUGAUCAUGCUCCUGUUUUCUUCCCACAAUUCUUUGAGUCAGUCUCAUUGGCAGAAGAUAGUCCUGUUGAAACCACAGUAGCUCAGUUAUCUGCCAUAGAUUUAGACUCGGGACUGAAUGGAAAAUUUUCAUAUCACAUUUUAAAUUCAUCUGAUCCUAGACACCAAUUCUUCAUUACUGGUGAUGGUUGGGUUGUGACUGCUGGCCAUUUAGAUAGAGAAACAUCUUCUCAGCAUCGAUUAGUAAUACUUGCUAUUGAUAUGGGUAAACCUGCCCUUACUGGAAGUGCAACAAUUUUCCUCAUAGUUGAGGAUGUAAAUGACAGUGCCCCAGAAUUUGAUGUCCAAUAUACCCCCAUAAUAUGGGAAAAUACAGAUGUGCCACAUGUAGUACACAUGAAUAAAACAUCAACAUUGUUGCAUGCUAAAGACAAUGAUUCAUUAGUAAAUGGGCCACCAUUUUCUUUUUACUUAUUAAGUGAUCACUUUAGCGCUGGUGACUUCAGUUUACAAGAUUUCCACAAUGGGACUGCAAUGAUCACUGCCUUAAGUAGCUUUGACAGAGAAGAGCACAAGAUGUUUUAUUUAACAAUUUUAAUUACAGACAGUGGGAGUCCUCCCCAGACCUCAACAAACACAUUAACUAUUCUAAUUGGAGAUAUAAAUGAUAAUCCUCAUUUUGCUGGAAACUUGGAUUGCAUUGUCUACAGUUAUAAUGGCUACUUUCCUACUGUGGUUCUUGGGAAAAUUGUAUCACCAGAUUUGGAUGACUGGGAGCACAAGCUGUAUACUCUUGAAGGGAAGUCAAGGCUCUUCUCAGUUCACGAUACUACAGGACUGCUGACCAUAAAGGAAGGAACCUUACCUGGGGUCUACAAGCUCAGAGUGAAAGUGACAGAUGGAGUCUGGCCAGAUGUGGUGUCUACUGUGAAAAUUGUGGUGAAUGAUAUAACAGAAAAAGCUGUCCAUCAGGCUGGCUCUAUGAGACUAGUGGGUGUUGGUGCUGAAGACUUUAUAGCCCAGACAGCAGAUACAGUCAGUAAAUUUGAUCAAAUGAGAGACCUGCUGGCAAAAUUAUUUGACGCUGAGCUGAACAAUAUCCACAUCUUCAGCAUAAUGAACACCCCAGAUCUCGUUGGAAGCACAGAUAUUUGGUUUGAAGUUUCUGGGCCUCCUUAUUACCAACCAGAAAAACUGAAUGGUAUUGUAGCUACAUCUAGAGAGAAGAUAGAGUCCGCAUUGGAUGUGAAGUUGAAACAGAUUGGUGAAUAUGAGUGUGAGAACGCUCAGUGCAGCCACAAGACUGGAUGUGCCAUCAGCAGAACUUACAAACAGGUCCCCAUGAUGGUUAGAGCUCGGACUACUGUGUUUGGCUCAGUGAAUGUCUUGACUCACGCUCACUGCGCAUGUAUAUCUCGAGAGCACCAACACAUGUCUUGUUUCUCAUACUCACACAACCCCUGCCUUAAUGGUGGCACUUGUGUAGACACUGACCUCGGAUACAGAUGUGAAUGUUCCCCAUAUUUUGAUGGUCCUGAAUGUCAGCAGACAAAAAAAACAUUUACAGGGAACGGAUAUGCCUGGUUUCCUCCCAUGAUGCUUUGCUUUGAGAGCCAAAUCUCUUUGGAUUUUAUUACUGAAGUAGCUGAUGGUCUCAUACUCUUUAAUGGUCCAAUGUCAGCUAGCAAGUUUUUAGACACAGAUGACUUUAUAGCUAUAGAGUUGCAGAAUGGGUCUCCUUCAUUGUUCAUUAACCAUGGGUCUGGGACACUUUUCCUUCAGUUUUCUUCAAAACUUAAUGUGGCAGAUAACCACUGGCAUAAUAUCCAAAUCACCAGCAAUGGCAAGAAAGUGAAGAUGGUUCUCGACAGAUGUGCAGACACAGGGGUGGAUAAAGCUAGUAGCGUUGCAGGACUACCAAUGGAUCGAUCCACUUGUGAAGUGUCAGGGGAGACACCAGGGAGCAAAAGGUUUCUUGAUGCCUACCAGCCUCUACAGCUAGGUGGUGUGCGAAACCGACUUUCAAACCUUCAUCCUUCACUGGCUUUUAAAGGAUUUAUUGGUUGCAUUAUGAAUUUACGGGUUGAUAGUAUGGUAUAUGAUUUGGCAAAACCUGCAGAGUCUCUAAACACUGCUGCAGGCUGCACUGCAACAGAUGGACUUUGUAGUAGAAAUGGAUUGCCCCCCUGUGGUGGACAUGGAUUUUGCAAGAUUGAUCAGAGCUCUGUUAGCUGUGACUGUUACCCGGGCUAUAAUGGGGAAAACUGUGAAACAGCUUUACAGGAAUAUACAUUUGAAAAGGACAGUUGGAUUAUUUACAGGGUCAACUCAUCACUUAACCUGCAUAGCACAUAUAUACAGUUUUUGGCCCGUACACGUGUAACAUAUGGUACAUUACUCAAUAUGGCAUCCAAAGAUAGAGCUUCUUUUCUGAGACUAGAGGUUGUCAAUGGACACUUUGCAGUACGUUUCAAUUUUGGAGAAAGGGAACACCUUAUUGUGCUAGCAACAUUAAGGAUAGACCAUGGCCAGUGGGUAGUUCUGAGCAUGGAGCGUUAUGACAACACCUUCACGUUACGUAUUCAGAAGGGCGGUGGGGAUCAUGAGAUAACAUCUGUUGCUGGGAAAAAUAAGCUGUUUGAAGUGGAUUCCUCGUCUGUUAUACUAGGAAAUAGCUCACCACAACAAGCAGAGAGUGAUUUUCAGGGUUGUCUACGUGAUAUUCGUCUGAAUAACCAACUUCUGCCAUUGGAAGGCAAAGGCAAUGAGCACAGAUUUAUUAUCAGCAUGCAGGGUGUGAGUCUAGGCUGCCAUUCUGAUGUUUGCCGAAACAAUCCAUGCCAAAGUCAUCUGAAUUGCAUUGAUUUAUGGAGAAAGCACGAAUGCAGGUGCCCAGCAGAUAAAGUUGAAGUGAUUAAGAAUGUUACUGGUGAGACACAAUGUCACCCUUCUCCAUGCACAAAACGAAGCUGCCGAAAUAGGGGGACUUGUGUGGUUGUAUCUCCACUGAAGUAUCUCUGCCAGUGCAAGGAUGGCUACAAGGGGAGGAUCUGUGAGAGCAUCCAGGCUAGAAUCGGAAGGUCUAUUGGUUUGAGCUCAGGUUCCAUUUUAGCCAUCAGCAUGUGUCUUCUCAUUUUCAUAGCUUUGCUGGUCUCCUACACAGUGUGGAGCCAAUGGGGACGAUCUAAAUUUCACAAAGGGGGUAUUUACCACAUCCCAGCCGAGCACGAGAGCUGGGAGGACAUUAGAGAAAACGUCAUAGAUUACAAUGAGGAGGGUGGAGAGGAACAUGACCAGGUUAUCAAUGGGGUUGAGGUCGGAGCUCUUUGCAAGCCACUCAAGUUCAUAGACACUUGUCAAACCUUUCUUCAUGGACCUUGCUAUGGCUCCAUGGAUGGGAACCUUAGUUCACUGGACUCUUUGACCACUGCUGAAGACUUGUUUCUCAAUGACUGUGGUUCAAAGUUCUAUUAUCUUAAAGAACUAUACCAGGCACCAAAUGAGCAAUCAUGUUUAGCUAGUAUUGUAUACAAUAAGGACAUUUCAUGA